AUGGACACAAAAAUGACCACGGAGAGAAAAGGACCUGCUACUCUCGAUAUCCCCGGGCUGACUCGCUCAUCAAUUUCCCCGGAUGGUUAUAUUGCCUCGCAAGAUAUUGGCGCAAAGCUGGUUAUUGUUAUGGUUGGACUUCCCGCAAGAGGAAAGAGCUACAUCGUAAAGAAAUUGGCCCGCUAUCUGAAUUGGUUACAACAUGAAACCCGUAUCUUCAAUGUUGGAGAUCGACGAAGGACUUUGACCGCUGAAACCAAUCCCCUAAUAGUGCCGCCAUCUUCAUCGUCGUCAACAUCGCCAGCCGCUUUCUUUGAUCCCACCAGCCCCGAUUUAGUGAACCUUCGAGACCAAAUAGCUUUAGCUACUCUAGAUUCGCUACUUGACUGGCUCAUUUACCGCGGCGGCACCAUUGGUAUCCUCGAUGCAACCAACAUCUCUCAACGGAGGCGCCAGCUUGUCCUCACCCACAUCAGACAAAGACCAGGCCCAGAGCCAAGUAUUCUCUUCCUUGAAAGCUGCUGCUUCGACCAAGACCUCCUUAGAAAGAACUUUCUCCUCAAACUAUCCGGUCCAGACUACAAGCAUCGAAACCCGGAAAAGGCACUUGCUGACUUCUGUCAGAGGGUGUCCAAUUACGAGAAAUUGUACGUUCCUCUAGGCAUUGCUGAAGAGGAACAGGGGAUACCUUACGUCCAAAUGAUUGAUGUCGGGCGCAAAAUGAACACUCACAUGAUUCGAGGCUAUUUGGCAACGCACGUGGUUGAGUACCUUUUGAAUUUCAACCUAUCCGAGCGACAGAUAUGGAUAUCAUGCAAUGGGGAAAGCUUGGAUGAUGCGGCAGGGAAAAUUGGACGUACUUCCUGUCUCACUGGUAAAGGAAGACAGUAUGCAAGGGCGUUGUCAGAGUUCAUAGAGGAACAGCGAGACAAAUGGAGUGCAAAGCACUUACCUCAGGCACCCUUAUCCAACACGAAUAACGGCAUGCUUAACCUCCCCAAUUUCCGCAUAUGGACAUCCAUGAUGCCGCAGGCAAUCGAAACCGCGCUUCCUUUCCCGGAUGAUGUGUACGAAAAAAAGGAAAUGAAGAUGCUGGACGACCUCAAUGUGGGCAACAUGGCAGGUCUCACAUUUGAGGAAAUUCGAGCGUUACAUCCGACUGUUUUCGCCUCUCAAAGUCAGAACAAGCUUCUUCAUCGUUGGCCGGGCGUUGGGGGUGAAGGCUAUUUUGAUGUGAUUAAUCGGCUUCGCCCAGUCAUUAUCGAACUCGAACGAAUGACAGAUCAUUUGCUGCUUGUUACCCACAGAGCGAUUGUGCGAGUACUCCUGGCAUACUUUCUAGGUUUACAACGCGAUGAAUUGGCAAAACUGGAUGUGGCAAAGAAUUCUGUGGUUUGUCUGGAACCGGCGGCAUACGGGGUUUCAGCGCGCAGCUUUUGCUACUGCCACGAAGCGGAUACUUUUCUGCCGGUUCAUUCAUACAGCAGGAACUCUCAAAAUUGA